AUGUCUAACAGAAUCAUUGAAUUGCAAAAACUAUUUCAAAGCUCCACCAAGCCAUUGUGGUGGAGACAUCCAAGAUCCGCAUUUUACCUAUAUCCGUUCUACGGUUUGAUGGCUGUUGCUGUGGUAGCCCCAUUGCUGUACAUUCCUAAUGCUGUUCGUGGCAUUAAGGCCAAGAAAUGA